UCUCAAAAUGAUGUGAAAAUUGUGAAAUAUAUUAUGGAAAGGAGAUCACAGAAAGUAAUGUUUUUCUAAUUAAAGAAGAAUAGGUUUCUGAUUUAUUCAGCAAUUAAACUCUAAUUUUCAUGCUAAUUACUUCUGUGAAGAAGUAACCAUCACGAUGAGUGCGAUAUUUAAUUUUCAAAGCUUGUUAUCUGUUAUAUUACUUCUAAUAUGCACAUGUGCAUACUUGAGAUCGUUCUUCCCUAGUAUUAUGGACCGCAAUAAAACUGGGUUACUUGGAACAUUUUGGAAAUGUGCUAGAAUUGGGGAACGCAAAUCACCUUACAUAGCAGUUUGUUGCUUAACUAUGGCAUUUUCAAUACUCUUUCUAACCUAAGUAAUAUAAAUCUAAUAAACUUCUAAUGUUUUAUAUAAAUAAAUAUUUUUAUA